UUCAGCAGUAAAUGCAAAAUUUUUCAGAACUGAUUAUUUUCUUUACCUUUGUGUUCGCAGUUUAUGUUUUCGAAUGGAUCUUUCACAAGUUUUAAUGUUCGAAUAAUAAUUGCAUAUCGUAUCCUAUAGUAUUGAAUAUUUUGUACCCGAGUGCUACAACUUAAAUCGGAAAAUUGAAUUAAAGAUGUGUUAUGCUUGGGUAAUGUAAUAAAGCAAUUUAUUUUUAUUGAAAAAUUUUGCCAUUAUAAAUGAGUAGAAAUUGAUCCUUUCUAAGUACUUGACAUUUUAAUACAUCUUUAAUUGAUAGUAGAAUUUUCAAAUUGCUUCAUUUCUCCUGUAUUGAGAUUUUUUUGCUGUUAGGCUUGAUUUUUAAGUGCAAAACAAGGUAUUUAAUAUCUUUAAAAAUGAAGUAAGAAUUGAUUCGACAUGUUUAAAAUAGUGAAAUAACGUUAUCAAACAAUACAUGUUUGUAGUGUCUUUUUCAAUUUGGCUGUCAACUGGAACUCUGGAAGAGUUGGAGCAGGCUUUAGUUUUAAGAUGAGUUUGUCAGCUGAUUAUCUGCAGCCUAGGAGACAUUUCAUGGCUGUCCCUCCACAAAGUGACAUCUCAGAUGUCUUUCCUAUGCCACAAAAUAAAUCAAAUUUUAAUGAAACUGUUAUUCCACCCAUUUUUCUUCAGACUGUUGCUGCACAAACUAUUUCAGGAGUUUUUGUCUGGGCUGCUUUACUUAUUACUUGUUAUCAGAUAUAUCUGCACCUAUGCUAUUACACUAGUCCUGCAGAGCAACGCUGGAUAGUGCGCAUUUUGUUUAUUGUGCCUAUUUAUGCUUUUGACUCUUGGUUGUCAUUGUUAUUCUUUCAUGAUAUGUAUUACAUAUAUUUUGACAGUGUGAGAAAUUGGUAUGAGGCUUUUGUUAUCUAUAAUUUCCUGAGUUUAUGUUAUGAAUAUCUUGGUGGUGAAAGUAAUAUCAUGGCUGAAAUACGUGGGCAGCCAAUAAAAUCUAGUUUACUGUAUGGAACUUGUUGCCUCAGCGGUAAAACUUAUACCAUUGGCAUUUUAAGGUUCUGUAAACAGGCCACUCUUCAGUUUUGUGCUGUUAAACCAUUAAUGUCUGUCAUUACUCUAAUUCUGCAACCUUUUGGAAAAUAUUCUGAUGGAGAUUGGAGGCCUGAUAGUGGUUAUCUGUACAUUACAAUCAUCUAUAAUAUAAGUAUUACUUUGGCACUUUAUGGACUUGUAUUGUUUUACUUUGCUACAAAAGAACUGUUGAGCCCUUAUGAACCAGUUUGGAAAUUCUGUACAAUAAAAUCUGUUAUUUUCCUUUCAUUCUGGCAAGGUGUUGUUCUCGCUAUAUUGGAGAAAGGAGGUGUUAUAUCACCAAUAUACUCUAAUCGUGGUUUACCCACAGCAAGUGCUGGCACUGUGUCAGCAGGUUACCAGAAUUUUUUGAUAUGUAUCGAAAUGUUCUUUGCAUCCUUGGCCCUCAGAUGUGCCUUUCCCCAUAAUGUGUAUAUGACUGGUUUUCCGACGGAUGGCUAUGGAAGAUCUGUGACAAUGCAGAGUAUAUCAAGCAGCUUAAAGGAAACUAUGAAUCCCAAAGAUAUAAUGAAUGAUGCUAUCCAUAACUUCCAUCCUCAAUAUCAGCAGUAUACUCAGUAUACUGCUCCUCCACCACCAUUACCAGGAAUGAGGAGUGAUAAUGGAGCAAAUGGUGUUGAAGAGCAAAAUACUGAUAAUAAACAACUGGGUAAUAACACUAAGGUUCAGGUUGUGCCAGCUCCACCAAAAUAUGGAGAGAAAAUAUUAUUACUUAGUUCUGAUGAUGAGUUUCAGUAAGGUUGCAGAAAGAUAAACUGAAAUUUCAUUGUGUUGAAAUUUUUAGAAUUGCUGCUGCAGUCACUGGAAGAUGUUGAUUGAUCUGAUUAUAAAAAUCUUAUUUAAAUUGCUUCUAGAAGUGUGUACUUGUGAAUGAAUAUUUGAUUUUUUUAAUGUAGUAUUGUCUCUUAAUUACAUCAGCCAUUAUUUUACUAAUAUACGAACAUUGUCAAGAGAAGUAUACUUUCUAUUCACAGUAUAUGCAAAAUAUGAGAGCUAUUAUAGUUCAACAUGAAAGAGCUACAGUUGAGAUUAUUUUUUCAAGUAACAUUUGAUUGACUUUUGUGAAAUUAUAUUAACUGCAUGAUGUAGAAGUCACUUUUAAGCCAUAGUAUAAUACUCCUGAGAUAGUAUACCAUGAAUUUUAUUUGUAAAAGCCAUUCUUGUGUGAAAUCUGUAUUAUGAAUUGAUUAUAAGAUUAGUAAUAGUUUUGUAUUAAAAUUGUGAGUUGUGUUUUCUGUCAUUUGUAACCAUGCAGUUCAGUGCUAUUUCGUUUCGUGAAGUACUCUUUUGUAUUGUUUUAGAAGCCACUUAUUACUCAUUUCAUAUAAUGCAGUCAAAAGUCGUUAAUCUGGACUCGUCGGGCCUUCAGCGAUUCUGGAUUAUCGAUUUUUCCGGAUUAUAGAUCAUCAGUUUAAAUCUGGUAAGAUGGCAUGCACAAAUUAUAAAAUAAAAA